AGCGAGAAGAAAAAAGAAGUUGGACUGGAAAAAACGGAUCUGAAAUUACAUAAAACAGAAUCGAGUUCAAUUCAGUUGUAUAUCGUAAAAAGUACAUCGCGUUCGUAUUGUCCUGAUUGUGAUCGAGUAGUGGGUGUUGUGUGUGUGUGAAGUGGCCGAAUGUAUGUGUGACGGCAAGUAUGCUAAUCAAAGCAGCCGUCGUCGAGUGAUGCGUUUUUGAUAGAGGCUCUUGAGGAGGAAGUAACGGCACAUCGGCGACCGAGAAGAAAGAUGUCCACGAGCUGAGUCGACAAAGUUGUGCUUGGGUUUUUUUUUGUGAAUGAGAUGAGAGAGUGUUGCAAUGCUGCUCAGUGAAAAGCGAUCGGUUCGGGCGAGGAAAAUGUAGGGCGCCGGCAAUCCUGUGGCACCGCAAUCAAGUGAAAGAAAGGAAGUUUGCAAGGAAGAAAAAAUUGUACCAUACACCCACCUCCGGUGACCCAACAAACGGGUUUGUGUUGUUCGCCCUGCUCUGUGGAAUAGAUCGUUUUUCGGUUACGGGCACACGGGCACGUGUGUCGGAGUUCUUCAAGUCGAAUACGAUCGGCAUCCGGAGCGGCAUCCCGGAAGUGCUCGAGUUUCAAACGCAUGGUGUAGCGAGUGCGUGCGUGUGUGAGUGUGUGCGCGCGUGUGUGAGUUUGCAUAGGGUUCUGGUGUCCGCCCGGUGGUUGCCGUCCACUGCCUCAAAACGGAUCAUCCCCGCAAGCGGAGCAGCCCUCCUUCAUCGGUCACCGACGAGUCCUCGUCAUCGAUACCGUUGUCAACGUCCGCCGGGGGCCGUGGGGGAGGAGGAUCAGCGGUAGCGCGCGCAGCAGCAGGUGGUGGAGGAAGAGGCGGAGCUGGAGCAGGUGGUGCCAGUGCCGGGGGAGCUAGUGGAAGUUCCGCCGACGUAGGAGUAGCGACAAGUGCUGUGGUUGGUGGUAGUGGUGGUGGUGGCAGUGGCAGUGGUGGUGGCGGCGGCAGUAGAGCCAAAGGAAGAAAAGGCAGUGCCGCUAGUAGUGGGGGUGGUGGCGGCGGAAGUGGUGGUGGCGUUGGUGGAAGAGCCAACAACAGCGGCAACAGUGUCGCUGGCGGGGGUGAAGCGGAACGGAGCAGUGGCGGAGGCAGCUCGGCGGCCAGCCACCGGCACCAGGCCGGAUACCACCGUUAUCCGCAGCAGGCGUCCACGGCGGGGGUAAACCCGGCGACGGCGACAACGACGACCACGACCACGGGCUCAUCAUAUGAGAAGAGCAAUAACAUGGCAUCAUCGAAUCACCGUGGCAUACAGAUUGGGUCCGCCUGGUUUCAGCGCAAGAUCAACCUCCGGCCCCAGCAUCGCGGCGUCCACCUGGUGACGGAGGAGAUCCUGCGGCAGAUGCCGGAGCUGGGUCAAUUUUCCGUCGGACUAUGCCACGUACAGAUUUUGCAUACAUCCGCUAGCUUAGCACUGAAUGAGAGCUGGGAUCCAGACGUACGGGACGAUAUGGAAAUGAUGUUGAACAAAAUAGUGCCCGAAGGACUUCCAUACAGGCAUUCCUGCGAAGGUCCAGACGAUAUGCCCGCUCACGUAAAAGCAUGCUUCCUCGGAAGCUCCCUGACAAUCCCAAUCACUGACGGCAAACUGUCGCUGGGCACGUGGCAAGGUGUUUGGCUGUGCGAGCAUCGCGACCACGCCGGCUCCCGGAAGUUGGUGAUAACGCUGUCCGGUUGUCCCCGCGAUUCCGCCCGAAGUCCACUAUCGCCUGUAUCACCGAUCGCUUCCACCUCCAGUUAGGGUCGGCCGCGCUCUGCUCGCGAUAGUCGGUAAUCGUGGGUUAGAGCGGCAUUCUGCUGUAAGGUCAACAAUUGUUCAACUACCAGAAAUGCAACAACAACAACAACAACAACAACAACAACAGCAACAGCAACUUCAUCAACAGCAAUUUUAACAACAAAAACAGCAACAACAACCACAGAAAACAGAGCAAAAAACAUUUAUGCUACCACUAAUGCUACUACUACUACUACUACUACUACUACUACUACUACCAUGAUUAACUAAAUUGUAAUGCUACUUACGACACUACUUUUACUACUACUAUUACUACUACUACAACUACUUCUACUAUUACUGCAUCGAAUUGUAGCAAUUGCAAAUCCGUUUGAAAAGAGUGGAACACGGUUGAGUGCACUGCAGGAAGCGGUGCGCAUCUCCGUAACUGAUCAGCAUGAUCGCAAGAAAUUGCACACACCCAUACGUUCACGAACACACCUACACACACACAAAACAUACACACAUACAUACACUCACCAAACCUACGCAACACACACAUACCAGCGAAGCUAAACAAGGAUACACAUUUUAAACCGAAUGACAUAACAGAGGCUCCCUGGGGCCUGCGUUAAUAAAUUGACCGCCCGAUAGUAGAUGGUCCUAAGGAUGCAAUCAGGAUCGUAUAGUAAGUGAGAGCAAGUGUAGCAGCCGUACAUGUAGCUGGUAGUAGCUUGACCGUGGUACGUGGUGUACCAAAAAAGAGAAGAGCAUAAAAAAUGACCGCCCGGACAACGUUAUACGUUGCUCGCGUUUCGACCUGACAGGCGAGAGAGGUGUGUUGUGUAACCCCCCUCCCCUCCCCAUGCAGUAGUGCAGAUUGCGGGCUGCACUGAAAAUUACCGAAACAGCUGAGAAAUGAAAAUAUAACUUAAAUUGUUGACACUUGUUUUUAAAAUCGUUAAAAAUGGACACAUUGUGAGCGGUGUUUGGUGAACGGUGUUGCAAUCACGGUUCGCCCAGCAGUACAAGCAGGCUCGAAAGCAUCCAUUUCCUUCCAAAAAUCAAAUUUUGUGGAGACGCGCAUUCAUGUGCGUUACGCUCGUAAGGAUCUGCAAUUGUUACGUCAACUACAAAAUCUGUAAAAAAAAGGAAAGAGUAAGACAACCUUGCGUGGUUGAGUCGAGCAGUAGAAAUGUGCGCAUCCCCCGCAUAGGGCGGCGGGUAGUAGAAGCGAGAAGUUUAUGGGAAAAACCCGUGUGCAAAUGCGGUGUGCGGUGUUGUACCGUUGCAAUAAUGUGGCAGUUUCUUUCGUUGUUUGGUGGAUGAUUUAUUUUCCCUGUUGUACAUUGCUCCUAGCAAAAACCGACCACAAAUGUGCCGAUUAGUUAAACGUCGUUACUGAAAAGUUCCAAAUAAGUAUGGAUUGUUUUAGAUUGAUCAAUGGUUCGAGAAGCUAAACUCGUAGUCGCGAACAUAGCUAGACUGAAUCCAUUUGAUGAUGAACGGUCAGGGAACGAUUGCUAUUGAAUUUGAUUUGAUGUUUUUGUUUUUUUAAAUAUACAUAUACAUUAAUAGUUCGGCAAUAGCAACUUUUCAGCAGCAGAACGAAUGUCUACGAACUUGCCAUGGAAAUAAGAGGCAGAAAGAAGCAAACGCAAUGAAUAGCAAGUAGUUGGUAAAGUAAUGGAUGUAUUUAAUGCGUGUGUACGAAAGGCCUACCGAUGGCGGCAACCAACUCUACUGUACAGUUUUGCAAACCUUCACAUUUGCUGUACUUUUCGCGGUCAGCAAAGCGAAAUGCGUUGUGCGAGAAGUUAGAAGAAAAAAUAAAUAGCAAAA